AUGCCUACUUCGACCGUGCGAUUCACCAAUAUGCAAGAUCUCUUCGACGCCAUUAAUUCCACUACUGGGGAUUUCCUUGCCGUCACAGGUCUCUCUAGGCAUUUCACCGAAUCCGCGUGUGAGCGAGAGAAACGACGCCGCAAGUUCCGUGUUCGCCGCUACAAUAGCACUUGCCAGAUCCUUUUCAUUACCAUCUUAGCCGACCUAUAUGAAGAACUCCAUGCCUGGAUUUUUACAACGUCUUGUGACCAGCUCGUCAGAAGCGGUAGGGAGAGAAGCUGGAGAUCAAUUGGGCUGGCUACACGUCGAGUUGAACAAGGUCAUCCUGGAGGAGACGGCGGAGAGGGUGACCCUACCGGUGGUCCCCACCCCGAACGUGGUAAUAAAGGGGCUUGGCCAACACUUGUCAUCGAGGCGGGACACUCCGAGUCAUUGGGCGAGUUGCAUUACGAUAUGAGGUGGUGGUUUUCUACGUCAGACCACCAGGUCAAGAUUGUUCUUCUUGCCGAAUAUGACCAUACUCGCUCCGUCAUCAUUUUGGAAAUGUGGGAGGGAGAAGCACAAACUCACGGCACCAUUCAACAAACCGCUGCUCUUCAGCCUAUACUCCAGCAAAGUAUUGCCAUCGCUCAAAAUACCACUACCAACCCCGUUUCGUACAAUGUCACUAGAGGUGCAUUAAUACCAUCGUUCAGGCUUCUCUUAAUUCAGGAUCCGGGCCCUGGGGAGGCAGACUUUGUGUUUAGCGUUCCGGACCUAGAGGAUUACGGCGCAAUGGUUUGGAGACAAGUCUAGGAUUAGCAGCCAGUCAGAAUCGGCAUAGCCCACCCCAACACACGACGGCGGCACAGAAAUUCCAAGAAAGUCGCUCUUGAGUCAAGAGUAGUUUCGGUGAGCAUGCAAUAUAUUGCCUUGAAACGCACCGCGAUCUCUCUGUAGUCAGAGGCGCUCUCAAUUUUAGCUCAGAUCGUUUUAGACCAGAGGAUCGAGUUGGAAUUACUAUCCUUUUCGCGAAGCUCUGGAAGGAUACUACCUCUGAGGUCUCUGUAGAAUAACUCUUAAAGGCAGACUUGGAAUAUAACGUCUUCAUUCA